ACUAAACUCUCCAUUUCCGCCAAAAUCCCGCCAAAAUCCCUAAUUUUAUCUCUCGCCUUGUUUAAAAACCCUAACUGUAAUAAAUUCCACUCCUCACGCUAUUCUCAACUCACCCACGCGAUCUUUCACAACUUUAAUUUCCUCCAUUCCUAACAAAACCGUAACCCUAAUUUUGGACAGUUUUUCCGCAAAAUGUUGGAGCUGAGGUUGGUGCAGGGGUCACUCCUGAAGAAGGUGUUGGAUUCGAUUAAAGACCUAGUGAACGAUGCCAACUUCGAUUGUUCGUCGACUGGAUUCUCUCUGCAAGCCAUGGAUUCGAGCCACGUGGCGCUGGUGGCUCUGUUGCUUAGAUCGGAGGGGUUUGAGCAUUAUCGAUGUGACAGGAAUCUUUCCAUGGGAAUGAAUCUCAACAAUAUGUCUAAAAUGUUGAGGUGUUCUGGUAAUGAUGACAUCAUCACUAUCAAAGCUGACGAUGGCAGUGACACUGUCACUUUCAUGUUUGAAAGUCCCACACAAGACAAGAUUUCGGAUUUUGAGAUGAAGCUUAUGGACAUAGAUAGUGAACACUUGGGAAUUCCUGAGGCAGAAUAUCAUGCUAUAGUCAGGAUGCCAUCAGCUGAAUUUGCAAAAAUUUGUAAAGAUCUUGCAAGCAUUGGUGAUACAGUUGUUAUCUCGGUAACAAAGGAAGGAGUAAAGUUCUCCACAAGAGGUGACAUUGGUACUGCAAAUAUUGUUGUCAGGCAGAAUACUACUGUAGACAAGCCGGAAGAAGCAACCAUCGUUGAGAUGAAUGAACCGGUGUCAUUGACAUUUGCGUUGAGGUACAUGAACUCUUUCACCAAGGCAACUCCAUUGUCAAACACUGUCACCAUCAGCUUGUCUUCUGAACUUCCUGUUGUGGUCGAGUACAAGAUUGCUGAAAUGGGUUAUAUGAGAUUCUACUUGGCUCCAAAGAUAGAAGAGGAUGAGGAUGAAACUAAGCCCCAAGUAUAAAUGUCACUAAUCAUUAGUAGAGUGUUAAGUUUAUGUUCUAUUAAUUAAAUUUUCAGAUUCUACUCUGUUAGAAUGCCUGUCGAGCGUCUUUUUUCAUGAAUGGUUUACAUGUAGAAGCCUUAUUAUCUGGUAGUUUGUAGAAUUCUUGUAAGUUCCUUUUUGCCUGACAUUUUGCUACUGAUUGUGAAGUGAUUACUGGCAAGACUGUUUUUUCUA